CCUGGGAAUCGCUGCCCCGCGCGCGCCCCCCGCGCUCCCCCGCGCCGCGUCCGAGACUCCGCGCGCUGCCCGGGAGCGCCAGGCCUGCGGGCGCCGCGGCCGUGCGCGUCAUGAGCCGCAUCUACCACGACUGCGCCCUCCGGAACAAGGCGGUGCGGAGCGCGCGGCUGCCGGGGGCCUGGGACCCCGCCGCGCACCAGGGGGGAAACGGCGUUCUGCUGGAGGGAGAACUGGUCGAUGUGUCUCGCCACAGCAUCUUGGACGCCCGUGACGGGAAGGAGCGCUACUACGUGCUGUACAUCAGGCCCAGUCGCAUCCAUCGCCGGAAGUUCGACCCCAAGGGAAAUGAAGUUGAGCCCAACUUCAGCACCACCAGGAAGGUCAACACGGGCUUCCUCAUGUCGUCCUACAAGGUGGAGGCGAUGGGUGACACCGACAGGCUCACACUCGAGGCCCUGAAGGCACUGGUGCAAAAGCCAGAGCUGCUUGCGCUGACGGAGAGCCUUACCCCCGACCAGACAGUGGCGUUCUGGAUGCCCGAGUCAGAGAUGGAGGCCUUGGAGCUGGAGCUGGGGGCCGGGGUACGACUGAAAACUCGAGGCGAUGGCCCCUUCCUGGAGUCCUUAGCCAAACUUGAGGCUGGAACAGUGACCAAGUGUAAUUUUGCUGGUGAUGGAAAGACAGGGGCAUCCUGGACAGACAACAUUAUGGCGCAGAAGUCUUCGGCGGGAGCCAUGGAGGAGACCCGAGAGCAGGGGGACGGUGCCGAGGACGAGGAGUGGGAUGACUGAGGUGAGUGGGCGUGAAGUGUCUCUGAGGCCACCAGCGCUGCUGAGACUAUGAUCUGUCAACAUCUACUCUGGAGUUCAAGGGAGUGGUCCACUAAGUCUUCCAUGGUUCUUCCUCCAGCUGCCCCAGAAUACUCUUGGAAUAAGCACUGCUAAAGUCAAAUCCAUGACCGUGACAUGACCAAUGUCGCCCCAUGCUGUGGCUCCUGGAGGGGCCCUCCCUGGAUGUGAGUCUAGAUCUCCUAGACCUUUCCACUGUGGCCCCUUGCCCUGAAUGGCAGCCUUGUUUCUAGAGGCAGGCAGUGGAAAUGAACUUGGUCUUGGUGUACACUUGGGGAAUGUCCCUCAUCUGCAUGCUUUCCCCUGUCCUUGUAUAUCCUGCCUUCCUCCCACACCUGCCCCCUACCACCAGGGCUCUGAGCUGUAGCCUUUGCUCUUCUGUUCAAACCUCCUUGUUCCCUCUAUGCCCUUUUCCUUCCCCAGAGCUGCCAGUUCUUUAUUCGUCCUCGGGUUCUCUGCAACAUUGCGGGGCUUCCUGUCUCCUGACCUCCCCUGGCUGCUGUCUGAUGGGGAUGCUGUUCUCAGGGAGGCCUAGAGUCUUCCCAGGUGUGGCUGGUUGGUCCCCACCUUGCAGGCUCACUCUGCCAGGCCACAUUUUGAUAACACCUUUGUUGCUAUUAUUUUGUACUUUGAGAACUUUUUAUGAGUGAGUAAACCUUCAGAAAAGGGUUCCUGUGCAUUGACUGGUUCGUGUCAGGUGUCAACAGUCUUCCAGCUGAGCAAUGAUCCUAUAAGAAGGAAGCUGCGUCUUUUUGAUCAUGAACAUCCCCUUGCUGGGUACUGUUCCCGCACUCAGAUCUGAGAUGGGAUGUGGAGUCAAAUGGGGCAGAGACUUGGUGACAUUCGGAUCCUGCUGCCUCAGGGACAAGAUAGGGGGGUGGUGAACUAACAAUUAUUGAGUCCCCUAAUAUGUCAAACACAGCACUAGAUGCUUUCCAUGACGGUAACUUAGCCACUGACCUGCUUCCCGGUACGAGCACCCAUAUCCCCCGUUUUUCAAAAGUUUAUGUUAUAACACUUGGCUUUUAUGAAAGACCUACCUUAGUACCUGUUUUUUCUAACCAAAAGAAAUCUGCAGGGGGUUUUCAUUUUUGUGAUAAUAAGGCCAAAAAAAAAGAAAACAGCAUUCAGCAUUUGUUUCCCAGGGAGCCAUUACAGAGACAGUGUGCACCCCAAGUGGUGAGAGGGUCCCCACCCAUCUCCUUCCCCGGGAACUGUACCCAAGCAUCAAGCCCCCAGAGCUUUGAACUGUGUUCGGGAGCAUCUGUGCUUUACUGCAAUGGAUUUUGUGCCUGUGUUAGCAAGAUGUACCCUAAGGUUUCGGAAAAGCCUAAGAGAACACUCAUUUCCCCAUGGAAAUUAAUGGUGAGUGCUUCCUCACUGCCUCUCAUAGGGUUCGUGGGAAUACUGUACUUUUUUGGUAGUGGGGGAAACCUGUACUUGCUGAGCGCUUGCAACCUCUUACUUAACUGUCCCAACAAUCCCGGGAGGUAUGUGAGAUUAUUCCCAUUUUUAAAUUUUUUAUGAUUUUGAAGCUUAGAGGCUCCAUCGUAGUAUAUAGAGGAGAGAGGAAUUUCAACCCAGGCAGUCCGAUUUCAAACUCUGUAAUCUUCACUGGGUGAUUCUGCUUCCACAUGUAUACUACAGGGGAGGAAAGGGGCUUUGGAGAGGUUAAGGCAAUUUCCCCAGAGUCACAGCCAAUAAGUGGCACAGCCAGGAUUUAAAUCCAGGACUGUGGAAAGCCAAGCUUGUGUUCUCCACCUGCCCCUGCCCAUCCACCAUCCUUUGCUUCUUGACCUACAGAAGGACCUUGGACACGGGGGCCAGAGGAGUCCUGGCCCUGUGAAGUGGGGUUAUAUCCUUAGAUGUUAGGGAACUUGCCUAAACCCUUGACUGCUGAUCUGUCCAGGCUGAAAUCAGUUCCACUGGUAUUAGCCGUUGAGCAGGUAAUAUUAUGCUUCCCGAACUUAUUAUCAUGGUUCCAAUUUUCGUUUACCUUCUUGCAUAUUUGAGCCUGGGCUUGACAAUAUGGCUGUGAGGCUUGGGAUUCACGCUUCAGUGAGGCCACCUGAAGUCACGGGUUACUGGUCUGCUCACGGAUCUCUUCUGUUCUUGCCCUUUUCUUAGUUUAGAUCCCUGUGACCUCUCACCUCGACAAUUAUAGGAACUGCCUCCCUGGUGUCCUGUGUCUGAAUGGGGCUGGCUGGGUGUUGAGCAUGCUGGGACCUCAGUCAUGGGGGUGGCCAGGGAAGCAGUUAAGCAGCAGGAGGACUGGAGAUACUGACUGGGAGUAGAGACACCCAGUGAGCGCAUCCUGCUGCCCAUAGCAUUAGGGCCAAAGGGUAUGGCAAGGUCAUACAGGCAGGUCACCAUUCCAUAAAAGGAGGUCCAGUGUGUCAGUGGGGGAAGCCCUGGACAAAAAAUGGGCAGGAGAAAGGUGAAGGAAGGAAGGAAGGAGAGAAGGAGAGAAGGACCGUGGGAUGGAGAAAGGUAAAGGCCUUUGUGGCCGGAGCUCAGAGAACGGGUGGAGAUGUUGGAGAUGAUGCAGGACCUCAGGCAUGGUAUUUUUAGCAUGUUAAGUAUUUUAGGACUUUAUCCUUAACUUCCUGGAAGCCACUGAUUCUGAGGAGAGUGAUACAAUUUGAUUUGUUUCUAUCGAAGAUCAUUUUUUUUAAAGAUUUUAUUUAUUUAUUUAACAGACAGAGAUCACAAGUAGGCAGAGAGGCAGGUAGAGAGAGAGGAGGAGGGAAGCAGGCUCCCUGCUGAGCAGAGAGCCUGAUGCGGGGCUCUAUCUCAGGACCCUGAGAUCAUGACCUGAGCCGAAGGCAGAGGCUUUAACCCACUGAGCCACCCAGGUACCCCUAUCAAAGAUCAUUUGACUGCAGAGAAGCUGAAGGCAAUGCGCCCAACUGGGAGACUGUCUUCAUUGUCACAGUGAGAGGCUAGAUAGAGUGUGUAGCGAGGGGAGUGGAGAUGGAAAGAAGUCCAGGUAGAUGGAGGAGAAAAGGGACUUUCCAGCAAGACAUGAGCACCUGAAAAGCCAUGGAGGUGGGGGUGGGGCCUGCUCCUGGAAUAUUGUGUCCUUGGUUGUUAUACCAUACCUACCCAUAAAACUUGAUAAUCCUUUUUCAAUUAAUGUUAUAUAAUCGCUUCCCAUGUUGCUACAGAGUCUUCAUAACCAUUGUUUUUUAAGAUUGACUGCCACUUAGCAGCUCUAUCAUUGUCCAAUUUUGGGGUAAUUAAUUGACUCCUACUUGGAGCUAAUAUAAUUAACGUGUCAAUAAGUUCUAGAUUAUGUAGUUCCCUAAAUCUCACUCAUACACCGUCCCUGUCCUGCACCCCCACCAUAUUUUUGUAUCUUGGGGUUAUUUCUUUAGAGUCCGAUUCCCAGGAGUCAGAUUACCGGGAAUCUAGGAGUCUUCUGCAAAAGUUUUUUUAGAUUGUCAAAUUGCUUUCCAAAAGGGUUGUUCUGAGUUAUAAUUUCACCAGCACUAUAGGAGAGGGCCUUUUCCAUGCUACCUUUGCCAGAAUUGGGUGUAAUAACAUUUGAAAAAUGGUAUUUGAUAAGGUAAAACAAUACUUUAAAGUUAAUAAUUUGCGAUUAGCUUUUCUCCCCCAUUGAUAGUGAGCUUAAAGAUUCUUUCCAUGUUCAUUACCUAGAUAUAGUUCCUCUUUGCUUACUCAGUUUCUUUACCUAUUGAUACACUGAAGGUGGAGGUCUUUUCUGUUAUUUAUAUUUUAAAUAUAACAACUUACCAUAUUUUAUCAACUUGUUUUUUAAAAAAUUGAUUUUUUUACAAAAAUAAAAUCUUUAUAUGGAUACA